UCUAAAACACGUCUAUUCCGUUUAGAUAAACCCUCAUCUCACCCCUCGCGACAUGGCCAGCUCGGCUGAACGCAGGAGGGACUCAAGGCUCGACGCCCUUUUUGGCGGUGGGCCGGAAGGCAAGCCCGACUUGGAGCAAAUUCGCCAGGCCCGAAUCGCCGAUCGGCAAGAACAACUCCGGUGGAUGGUCGACCAAGCUUUGGAGCGAUUCGAAUCUAGACGCACCGAUGUCUCUCAUGAUGGCAUCAUAGGCGAGUUGAACCGCCGCCGAGAGAGGUGUCACCUGCCCGCCAUCGAGAACACGCUCUUGGCCGACGCUCUGCAGAAGAGUCACCCACUUGCCGAGCUGUUUUGUCAACUUCUCAACGACCCACUCGGCCUGGACCCAAGUGGUCACCCUGCUCUAGAGCUCGCUACGGUCGAGCUCGACGACGUUGGCAAAUCAGGUGGAGCUGCCAAAGGCGAACAAGGUGACACCGAGACCUACGAGAUCGAACAAGACGAGGGAGGCUUCUCGCUCGAGGUCUACCUCCGCAUCGUCCGGCUCACCCGAGAACGCUCUCUCGAGCUGCUCGAGCAAUGGAAAGAUCGUUAUCCCGUUGACUGGUGGCAUAUAGAGACGAAACGACAGGCUUGGGAAACGGCAGACGAGAUGGUAUCGUGGAUAUAUGCGGGCGCGACCAUCGCCACUACAGCUCAAGGACGGCUUCAACACGACGAAACCCAAACGCAAGGUAGACGAGCGCGAUUUUCGAGCAUGCUCCGCCCAGACGAGUCCUUCACCGUUUAUCGCAUCCCUGCUCUCGCCGUUGCGGACCUCGGUAAUACGCCUGGUACCACGUGUCAAGACGUGUGGGACAUUCACCCUGCAGUACUCGUCGAGAUGGACCUGAUCGCUGCAAUGUCUCGUGAGCUGAGCUUGAACUCGGCAUUUGGAGGUCCAUCCUUUGUGCGAUGGAGGGAUUCCACCGAGGUUCGAGACAUGGUUGCUAUAGUCGAUUCUCUGCUUUCCGACACGUCUCCCUCGGAUCAAGACCCAGUCGUGCUGGCCCCGGAUCCAGCGUUACGAGAGGAGUUAGACGGACACUACAGGAUGAUGCGCGAGGUGGCAGCCGAGGAGCACAUGAAGCCGAUCUCAUCUAGAGCUCUCGAAAAAGCAAUCGACGCGGCGAGCCUCACAACGAGGCGGGUCGGUGGUGAUGGUACAAGUCUCUUUCUCAAUGUCGCCAAGGAUAUACCUAUAAGAGACGCUUUCUCGAACGCGAGUUGGUACGGACCCGUAGCUGGAGCCGCAUCUCGAUAUUAUCGAUAUGCGGGCCCAGAUCACGGGCCAUUUGUCGACUUCUGGGCAGUGUGCAUCUGUCACAUACUCUUCCGGCUCUUCCUUGGAUUCUUUUGGAAGACGCUCUCUAUCCUGAGACCAAGGGUCAUCAUCUGCCAGUCGGACAAGGUCUGUCAGAUCUUGCGAUCCAACAAGGCGUCGGUUGAAAACGUGCGCGAGCUGAGCGGCAACUCGGGAUCGACCGAGGACGACUGGACCGACCAGGCUGACGGCGAUUUCAUUCGCUGUUGGUUGGGGAAAAUUACCCUCGUUCAACUCGCCGACGGCCAGUGGUCGCUGCUGUUGCAUCGGUUCCACUGCGGCUUGAUGUCGUAUCGACCCGACCUCACCUGGCACCUGCAUGAAUUGAACGUCCUGGUCGCUCUGAAAGGCAGGAUCCUCUUCGAGCUCGCGGCAGACCAGGCAACGUGGAGCAAGUCGGCUGCGUCCAUAGUACAGAAGCAAAGCGAAGAGCUUUUCGAAACGAUCGGCCUGAAGAGUCUUUGGGAAGAAAAGUUACAGGUGUACCUUGAACUUCAAACCGGCAUAUUCAGUCUGUCACGCUGCCGAAAAUCCGAUGAAGACUUCGAUCAGCUAUUGGAAGAAGCUCUGAUUCGGGGUGCCAGAAUGGCUCAGAUCCGUCAAAGGACCCUGGAUGCAGCUGUGACUGCAGCUGGAGAGCCUAGUAGCGAUGAAAGAUUGGAGCAGAUUCACGAUCUCGCCCAGUCUUCUCACGCACCUUGCCCAGACGGCAUGUCGGUGGGAGAUUCGGACUGGAAAUUUUGGCUCGAAUCGAGAAAGAUGGGCUGUGUCCUUGCCGAGUCGGCUAGGCGUCUCUGUCUCCAGCAAGAUACGGACGAGUUGAAGCAAGCAGCCGCCCGGGCUAGGAAAGCUUUGGCAAAUGCACAAGACAAGCGUCGUUUGUACCCUGGUUACACGUCAUAUCAUAAACCCGAGGACGUCUUGAUGUGGCUCGCCAAUGUGAAUACCGCGACUGCAGCCCGGUCGAGUGUGGUUACAGGAUACAGGCUGGUCACGUGUCGGAUCUGUCACAAAGUCGGAAUCAUCAAGGGCCAGAUGGCUAUGCAUUUCUGCAUGAAAGACGGCCAACUACUUCAGGGGGAAAAGAUCACAUACAGAGAGCCACACUUGGAGAUCGUCAGGUUGCUCAUCCCUGCACAGCUUCUAGUCCACCCGGUAUUCGGCACGCGACUACAAAGUUGGGCGGCGGAAAGGGGUGAUACGAUCUCUCUGGAAAGGUCAAGAUGCUGUUACGAGAAUGACAUUCCUUCCGUGCUUUACAUGACCCUGAAGGAACAGGAGAAUCUGCCGGAAUUUGCGGAAUUUUACCGACUUCAACAGAUCGUGGCCGUUACUGUGGAAUACCAAGUGACCAACGGUCAAAAGACACUGGAACAGAUUCUUUGGCGUCCACACCACGACGAUCACAUCAUCAGCCGGCACUAUUUAACAAUGGCCAAGAUCAACAAGCUGGAACGCAGGCGACGAGGCGGAGGAUCAGUAUCUCCAGACCGCCAAGACGAUUUGCCUCUCGAUUACACACCACCAGCCUUCGACCCUUUCACCUGGAACUCCGUAGAGGACUUGGAAAGUCUCGAUACUUAGUGUGAAACGACACUGUCUAUACGCGCGCGCUUACGCCACGAUCCAUUCACGAUGAACGUUUACCGGUCUAUGGGCCACCUAUGCAAAUUACGACGUUGUACUGUCUAUCAUUAUGUUGCUGCCUUUCUCAUAGCGGCGCAGUGAGUCCUUGUCGUUGAGAUGGCAGACCUGCCUGCCGGGGCUUGUUGUGAUUUAGCGCGAUCAAAAUGUGAGACAUGCCUUUGAUCAAAAAAGUGUGAUGGGAGCGUCUUAACUGAUUCGGAGGACAACGAUCGCAAACAUCUUGACAUGUCCCGUAUACUUUGUGAACCUUUUCUGUACACUAUUCAAUCACAUUCAAUCAUGCCAGACAUCCCCUUUGCUGAAAAGAGCUUCCAGGAUGCAGGCAACCAUGCCAAAAGCUGUAUCAAAUGCACUGUCGA